CUUCAUGACAACCAAGAUAUUCGAAAUAAUGCAAAUGACCAAAUACAUAUUUGUCGAAACUAAAUAAAAAUAGAUAAUACUACUACUAUUUUAGGCAGGUUCAAGAUUAUUCAACAUUUCAGUUGUUUGAAUUCGACCAUAACCGUUUGUUGGUUAAAUUCCUACCACUUCAUUCUUAUUAGAUUCUGUUAUUCUUCGUGCUGAUUUACUGCGUAGUUAUCCGCAAUGCACGCCUGUUGUAGAGCAAUUGGACUCAAAUUCGCAAAACCUUUGCGAAAAUUUUCCACCAAUAUAACCAAUACCGACAACAUUCCAUCUCGAGCGUUUCUUUAUGUGCCUGCAUCCGAUACAAGGAAGCUAGCAAAAGCUUACGACCUGAAAGUUGAUUGCCUGGUGUUAAACUGUGAGGAUGGCGUUGCUCUCAACCAGAAAGAUGUAGCUAGGAAAAAUGUGUUGGAUAUACUUAACAAUGACCAAAGAGCAAAAUUUGCCGCAGAUAUCGUAAGCGUGCGAGUGAAUGAUCUGGCCACACCAUUUUUUGAAGAUGAUUUCAAGUCAAUUCUGACUGCAAACCAGAAACCUGAAAUGAUCAUCAUACCAAAAGUAAAUGAUCCAGCAGAAAUGUCCAAAAUUGCUGGAAUCUUCCACAAGUACAAAUCAAAUCAUAUACCAGACAUUAUCAUCUGCAUUGAGAGUGCCAAAGCAGUAAUGCUGCUGCAAGAAAUCUGUGCAGAGGCUUUCAAGCAAGCAGAUAGAUGUAAUUUCGCGCCGGUCGGUCUACUUUUCGGCGGAGAUGAUUAUUUAGCCAGUAUCGGGGCGACGAAGACGUCUGACCACAUGGAAAUCAUCUACGCACGGCAGAAACUCGUCAACGUGGCGAAGGCAUUUGGCUUACAAGCGAUAGACAUCGUCCACAUCAAUUAUAAAGAUCUGAACGCGCUGGAAGAGCAGUGUAAGCAGGGAAUGAGAAUGGGAUAUACUGGCAAACAGGUUAUUCAUCCAAUGCAGGUAGAGACCGUUCACAAAUGUUUCUCGCCGAAUUCCGAGCAGAUUGAAUGGGCGACGGCGCUCAUCAGUGAAUUCACCGCUCACGAAGCAAAAGGCGCGGGUGCCUUCACAUUCAGAGGGAACAUGAUUGAUGCUCCUUUAAUGAAACAGGCAAGAAACAUCAUCAAGUUAGCAAACAAGUAAUUGUAUCUUAAUAUUUUUGAUUUGACUUUGAAUGCAAUUUGGUCUCAAGACAAUGAAAAAAUAAAGUUUUUAGAUAUUGACAA